UCCCCUUACGAUUAUAUAUCAGACACGAAUAAAAUGAGAGAACUUGUAGGUCCCAUCGAACUUGUUAGCAUCGAAGGACCAUGUGUGAUCAUCCAUUGCUUCCGGAGCGCGUGUGAUCAUCCAUCUCUCCGUUCUGUGUUGAGGUUGAGCCCUUCCCAGAAACUCCAUUCUUGCUUUCUCAGUUUUCUCUGCUUGGGAGAAAAAUAAAAUAAAAUCAAAAUCUUACUUUUCACGCACUAGAACCCUACAUUUUUUCCUUUCGUAAACCCUUUCCAAAACCCUAGACGCUGCAGCAAUCAGGCUUUAAUUUUUAAGUCCAAUUAUCGAAAUCAAGCUUCUUUAUACUUCUAAUUAACAAAAUAAAGGAAAACUUGAGGAAUAUCCAAUAUUUGAAGCUCUCUGUUUCGAUAUUAGGGUUUGCCCCUUUUCUAAUUGAUGAAUGGCUACAAACCCAAUUGCUGCAGUCGGUGAUGGGGAUUCUCGAGAGACACACAGAUGGAUAGAGCCUAGCAAGAACAAGAAGAAAUUUUAUUCCCAAAAACUCCAAAAGAAAACCCUAAAUUCCAGCUAUAUCCCUCGGCCGCAACAGUCCUUUCAAGCACCUACUUGUGACGACAACGACGACAACUCCUCGCGGCCGCAGCAGAAGCGCUUAGACACCGUGGCGUCCAACGAUUCUUCAAGUCACAGUCGUUCACAACCGGGCCCUCACAGCUCGAGAAGUGGGACCGGGAAUUCACUACCCGGGUAUGUGCAAUUUGACGAUAAGGUGAGAAUUAGCUUGUAUAGUGGAUCAAAAUCGGUUAUUAGAGAGCUGAAGAGGAAACUAGUGAGUGAACUUGAUCACGUUAGGAGCUUGAAACAGAAGCUUGAAGCUAAAGAAAUUCAGUAUGACGAUAAUGGGAUGAUGGGCAGUGGUGGUUAUACCAAUGGAGUUGGUACUCUUGCUAGGGUUAAUUCUGAGGUGAGUUAUGUGGGGCCUACGAAUCCAAGGCCGUUGCAGGGAUUAGCUGUUUCCGUGGAUGAUAACAGUAAUAAUUUUGAUUAUGGCAGUGUUGGUGAGAAUGUGGAUAAAGAGAAGAAAACCAAAAAAACCCCAAAGGGGAAUCAGAAUCACAAGAAUCCGGAUUCUGUGAUAAGAAGGGAAAAGAUUUUGAAUUCAGAGAGUAAGAAGAAGUUGAAGCCAGAUAAUGGAGGGAAAAAGGGCAGUGGGGCGGAAGUAAUGAAGUUGGCGUCAGGUGUGGAUAAACAGAGUAGAGAAAUGUUUAAGAAGUUUGGAGAUUUGUUGGGAAAGUUGAUGAAGCAUCAGUAUGGAUGGGUGUUUAAUGAACCUGUAGAUGUGAAGAAAUUGAUGUUGCAUGAUUAUUAUAAGAUUAUCAAGCGUCCCAUGGAUUUGGGGACAGUGAAGAGUAGGCUGAAGAAGAAUUGGUAUAAAUCGCCGAAGGAGUUUGCAGAAGAUGUGAGGCUGACAUUUAAUAAUGCCAUGACGUAUAAUGAGAAAGGGCAGGAUGUGCAUAUUAUGGCAGAUGUAAUGUUGAAUUUAUUUGAGGAGAAGUGGGCGGCUCUUAAGGGUGAGUUUAACUUCAAUGGGAGGAUUGGUAUGGGGUAUGAUGAAAGUAUGCCGACAACCAAUUCAAAGAGGGCUCCAGCGCCUCCUGCUCUUGCCCCUACUUCUGCUCCACCGCAGAAAAUGCCCUUGGAGACAAGGACGUUGGAGAGGUCAGAGUCUACGACAAAGCCAAUGGCUUCCAACUUGAAGACCGCAGAUAUUCCUGCACAUGAAGGAAGGAUGCCGAUACCAAAGAAGCCUAAAGCAAAGAAUGUUCAAAAGAGAGAGAUGACUUUUGAAGAGAAGCAGAAACUGAGUACAGACCUACUUAGUUUGCCUUCAGAAAAAUUGGAAAGUGUUGUCCAGAUUAUCAAAAAAAGGAACCCUGGGCUUUGCCAACAAGAAGAUGAGAUUGAGGUGGACAUUGAUAGUGUUGAUACUGAAACACUAUGGGAACUUGAUGCAGUUAUUGCCGAUUACAAGGAGAGUUUGGACCAAAACAAGGGAAAAUCUGAACCUGCUUCUCAACCAAGAGAAGAGGCCGGACACAACUUCCACGAGACUAAUCGGACAUCAACGUUUGCAGAGGCACCAAAACAAUCUGAAGCAGUUGAAGCGAUUGUCACCACUUCUCCUGCUGAUCAAGUAGAAAAACAAGGUGAUAAUGGAUCAAGCAGUUCUAGUAGUGACUCUGGAUCCUCCUCAAGUGGUUCUGACGGUGAUAGUUCCUCAGGAUAUGGAUCAGAUGUGGGCCAAUGACAUAGAAGUUGGUAGAUUUAGUUGAGUAUCAUUCUGGUCAUAUCUAAAACAUAGAAGAACUAUUACAACUGAGAUUCCAACUGAUGUAAUCUACAUGAAUUCUGCACCUAAGAAUUCUCGAGGAGCUGAUUUUGCCCGUUGCUCGUUCACCUUCCUCCAUGAGAUGGAGAGUAUUGUAUUCGAUGGAAUUACUCGAAGCUAACAUAUUGUUUUGCUAGAACAAGAAUAUGCUUCAAAGCUGUUUCCUGGGAAGGGAGAUGGAUUUGGACUUUGGACUUGGGAAAGGAUCUUGUAUAAUACUAGAGUUUGGUGCCGUGACUUGUGAGAAAGUGGAAAAGAAAAUACUGAUAUAGAAGUGGGGCGAUUCUAUUUGCCCAUCCCUUAUGGUGCCGUAAAUUCGGUGGCUUUUAUAAUUGUCGUGUAACUAAAGUUGAUGCUCUUCACUCACUGAUUAUUGAUUUCCAACUGCAUCUACAGUUUCUAUCGUUUCUUAAUUGCCGAAGCCUUCAACCUAAGGUGCAUGUGUUACAUCCGAAAGUUUUACCAUAAGAUGCUUUGCUUAGUGGUAUACGUAAUUAUCAUACAACUCACACGAUUAGCGUUUCGCAGUUCGCAUUAACAAGAAAGUUGCGAAACUGUUCAUUGCACACGUGUUCACCGGAUUUACUCAACUCUCACGACAACCAUCUUCAGAAUUGCUACCCGACCCCUGGGCGAGUUUUGCAAGUGUUUUUGGCUUGUAUGUUUUCAGGCUUUGGGCCUUAAUUUUAAUGAAAUGAUCUUUAUCUUUGAUAAAAAUAAAAA